AAUAUAAUAGGAAUCAGAAGAAAACAAUGGAAAACAGCGCCUGGAUCCAGUUUGUUGCUUUGAGCGAGAGCUCUCCUCGGUGGUGGCGGUGAUGGCGAUGGUUAUGGUGAGGAAUUCCGAUUUAGGUUUUCGAAUUAAUUCGAUUCGAUAACUAUAAUCGCCGCGGUUGAAAUCUUUUUGGCUGUUACAUGGAUGUUCGUGACACAAUCUUUCUAUUACUAUUGAAGGACAGAAUUGGGAAGAAAAUCUAUUAAGAAAAAUGUCCUUUAAAAUCAUUGUUCGUGAGCUGAGGGAAAUGAAAGAUGGAAUUGGGAACAUGUCAAAGCGAGUGGGUGAAGGGAUGCAAUGGCGUGGUCUUACUAGGUCCCAAACAGCAAUUGUUCCUGAUGAAGCUCCACCAUCUUCAACUGAUUCCCUUCAUCAGUCUCAAUGGACGAAUUUACCUCCUGAAUUGCUCUUGGACAUAUUAAGAAGGGUUGAAGAGAGUGAGACCUCAUGGCCCGCUCGCGCUGUUGUUCUUUUCUGCGCUUCGGUUUGUAGGUCCUGGAGGGACAUCAUUAGAGAGAUUGUCAAAACUCCUGAGCAAUGUGGAAGGCUCACUUUCCCAAUCUCAUUGAAACAGCCGGGGCCUCGGGAAUCUCUGAUACAGUGCUUCAUUAGAAGGGAUAGAGCAAACUCUACAUUCUAUCUCUACUUGGGUCUGGUGCCUUCUGAGGGACAGAGGGAUAAAUUGUUGUUGGCGGCCAAAAAGAUUAGAAGGGCAACAAGCACGGACUUCGUUAUAUCUUUGGUUGUGGAUGAUUUCUCCCGGGCCAGCAACAACUAUAUUGGAAAACUGAGGUCCAAUUUUUUGGGUACCAAGUUCACAAUCUAUGACAGCCAGCUGCCAUAUGAUGCACCUGCACUACAACCGAAUAACCGAGCAUCUCGAAGAUUCCAUUCUAAGCAGGUGUCUCCAAGAGUACCAGCAUGUAAUUACGGUGUUGGUAAUAUCUCCUAUGAGCUGAAUGUUCUCCGCACAAGAGGUCCAAGGAGAUUGCAUUGCGUCAUGAACUCAAUUCCUGUAUCUUCUAUUCAGGAAGGUGGCACUGCUUUCACACCAACUUCAUUCCCACACUCAUUCAAUGAGCAGUUUUCGAGUCCCUUGCCAAACUUAAAAGGGAAGGAGCCGUUCAUAGACUUCAGCUCUACAAGCUUCUCAAAGCCGCCAGCAUCGGUCCAGGGUGUAGAACCUCUGGUUCUGAAGAACAAGGCGCCUAGGUGGCAUGAGCAACUGCAAUGCUGGUGCCUGAAUUUCAAAGGGCGUGUUACAGUGGCUUCUGUCAAGAAUUUUCAGCUCGUCGCAGCUGUUGAUCCAUCGCACAACGUCUCGGAGGCAGAACAAGAAAGGGUGAUCCUGCAGUUUGGGAAGAUAGGAAAAGACAUCUUCACAAUGGAUUACAGCUAUCCACUCUCUGCAUUCCAAGCUUUUGCAAUCUGCUUGAGCAGCUUUGACACCAAACCAGCUUGUGAAUGACGGUCAAAUUGGCUGGAGAUCUGCCCAAAAUUUCUAAAAUUUUGGAGGUUCAUAUGAAGACUGUUCGUUAAGACUGGCCAUUCAAAGCUGAGAAACGUGUAGUAUAUAGGGCAGAGUUGUUUUCUCAUACCAUCUUAUCACGGGUAACGAAUGGUACGUUGUUGUACUUUUAUCAUCUUGGAACAUAAAACUAACUGAAAUUAGAAAGUAGUGGAUUGUAUUUAUUGUCAUAUAUGGUGAUCCUAUCCUGGUUGAAA